GGAUAUGAAGCUUUAGCACUUGAUGGUAUGCUGAACAAUCUCAACACAGUUGUGGGGCUGGAGGUGCUGUGGUAUCCAGAUGCACAGAGAACGUGGAGGGAAGACAAUUUUAUAGGGCAGAACAGUGUACCGGGUGUGGUAAGGUACGUUGGAAAGGUAGCUGGAAGAGAGGGUGUGUGGGCAGGAGUGCAGCUCGAUAAGCCAGAGGGAAAUCACAGCGGGCUAUACAGAGGUACCCAAUACUUCACCUGCUCAAAGAAAUGUGGCAUUUUCACUGAAACUCACCGACUCGUUAAAGUCUGCCAUCCCAGAAGGAGCAAAGAUGUCUACAGAAACGGGGGGAAAUCAAGUGUGGACGACAAUUUAUUCGUAAAAGAUAUUAGAGCACAGCCUCCUGUUCCUUCUGUGGACCCGAUGUUCGUGAAAAAGUGCAAAAACGGAUUAACAGGAUACCCCGACUGGACAGUGAAGAACCAUCAUCGUCCACAAAUACUAGCCAGAGAGAAGAGACUAUCAUAACAUCUAUACUUUAAGUUUAAUUUUAGUGUUUAGAAUUUUGAGGCAAUGUAAAUGUUUAACUAGACGGCAAGGCCCACAACUCAAUUCCAUAACUUCUCACUUUUUUCAUCAAGGUGAAAAUAUGGAACGACCCGGCACUGGUAGACCAAUAUGACGGUGACCAAGCUGAGCUUGCGUUCAUAAUAUGCAAUGUUUCUAUGUUCUAAUAAAAUUGACAAUUAUUGAGAAUGAGAUCAUAAUUCAUAUUCAUUGUACUUAUUAAUAUUAUUGACAUUGUGCUGUCAU